AUGAAAUUGACGACACUCGACAAAAUGCCCUCGUUGUGGACCCCUGAACUGAUCCAAAACUUCUACAAUGCAGUACGAAAACUGUACAACUUAACACAAACGCCUUGUGAAGAGGGUUUAUAUGGAAACUUGCCAAUUCAAGAAGAUUUUAACGAGUACACUCUGCGCCUGGGAGAUGAGCUCCAGUUAGCAAACAUUAUCGCAUUUUUAGCCCAAGCACAGGAGGGACAAGCGGCUGUCUCAGGGGUUUGUGUGGAAGAAAACGAAGAUAGGUUAAUCAUUCGUCUCGCCAGCAACGAGGCGCCUUCCCAAACCACUCUAGAUGGCCUCAAUAACAUCCUCGAUAUCAUGAGCAAAGGCGUAAGGAAUCGUAUGAGUAAAGAUGUCUUACAGGAUAUGAUAUAUGAGAGUGUACUGGAUCUAAGCCAUGAGCGGAUCUUACAACGAAUACGUCCUUCCUGGGUUCCCGCCCCUGGAUACUUCCGCAAGGGGGAACAGCCGCUAUGGGAACGAACAGAUAAAAUACUGCAUUAUCAAAAGUGCGAAUUAAAACUCAAGCCAGGGCUCGAAAGACUGAUUUCAGAGCUGAGGUUACUGGAGAAAAGACCCAGCGAACAGGAUCUUCGGGUAUCUUUGAAAUCCAUCGUUCAACGCUGCGCUGACGUAUCUCAUGAUGAAUAUUGCCGCCCUUCCAUGCAACAACUACGCCAAGACCUAAAGAACGAAGAGAGUAAAUGGAGGACAUCACUGAAAGAUAUCGUACAAGUCGAUAAACUUGCUGGGUAUCUUGCUCUCUCUAGAGAUCUCGCAGAGCUGGCUCUACAGACCCAGUACCGACAACUGACCCAGGAAAUCGACCUCGAAUUACUCCCAGCACAAGAACCUCUGAAACCGGUUGGGUCGCUGAAACGAUGUUAUGUCCAUGCUGAAGUGCAGCUUAUCCUACAUUACGAAGAUGAGCCUCAUGAAAAGCCUCCUCGCGCAAUUGGAUGCAGCAAAUCGGCGUGUUUUCUCUGCGAUUCUCUGAUACAAAAGCUAGGAAAAUAUCGCAUUUCGCGCACCCAUGGGCGAUUUUUUGAUACAUGGGGUAUCCCAAAUAUCAAGCUAGAAAGACCGGAACGCUUCAGAUCUGCCAUAGAAGGCAUGAUCAAGAAUAUGGAUGAAUUGAACCCAAAAGGCGUCCAGUUGUUCAGACCUUACGCCCUUCAGAGCACGGCAAUACUUCCCCGUGCCAAUAUUUCAGAUCUUACACUUCAAGUGGAGGCGUUCAGUCUUGGGGAUGCAUAAGCUGUCACCUGUGAUAGACAGCGGUGGCAGUGGGAUUUUCAACACCAUCUGGAUUAAAACGCCGGAUCGUGGCCUGCCUAGUGGCCUGAAUCGGCGGAUGCUGACCAAGAACGCCCGGAUUGCCAAGAUUCGCGCCAUUACUGACGACGGCGACAAAUACCACUUACUCACUCUCCUAACACGCCCGUAGCGUUAGGUAAUUCCACUGGCUUUUCUGAUUGCUAAAGAAGCUAGAAAAGUCAAAAUAUUCCUUGGUCUGAGGACGACGAUUGAGUACUUAAACUGCUCUAUAUUAUCUUCAAUGCGAGGUGGAGUGCUUGCAGUGGUUUUAUGCACUAAGUUCCAA